CUCGGUUGUGUCAAAAUUGAAAGUGUAUUUCAAAUAGAAAUUGAAGUUUUCAAACUUGCACUCAGUAUGGCAUUCGAUAAAGGAUUCCUGAACGUUUGGUUACUGAGUAUUGCUUUUAUGUUACUCUUUACAGCUUUUCAAUGUCUUGGAAUUAUAAUGAAAACGAUCCUCGAAGGAGCUAAGAAAGAGAAUCCAGAAUUCAACGCUGAUGGUUAUCUUUGUCUAGCUAUCGUCUAUAUCUCCUUCGCUAUCGUUAACUGGUUUGCCCCAAGUAUAAUAUCACUAAUCGGACCCAAAGCUACAAUGUGCAUUGGUGCUGUAAGUUACAUAGGAUACAUAUUCAGUUUUCUUUACCCAGAAGUACACGCUUUAUACAUUAUGAGCGCAGUGCUUGGUAUUGGUGCUGCGUUGAUUUGGACAGGUCAAGGAAAUUAUCUCAUUAUCAACACACCAAAGGAAGAAAUGUCUAGGAACUGUGGAAUAUUCUGGGCCAUGUUACAGUUGAGCAUGAUUUUUGGAAAUACCCUCAUAUACUUCCUUUUUUCUGGUAUUGAGAGCGUGGAAACAAAUACCCGCUUGCUGGUAAUUUUUAUACUUUCCGGUAUUGCAGUGGCCAGUUUUGUAGUGUUUAUCAUUUUACCAAAAAGUGUGCGCCAAGAUGAUAUAUCCAGCGAUAAGGAAGACAAACCUGGCCCCAUCGAAGUACUUCGAGGAGCUGGAAGAUUAUUCAAGACAAAACAUGUAGCAUUUUUGUACGGAGGUUUAGAGCUGGCCUACUUCAGCGGCGUUUACGGAUCAAGCGUUGGUUUCUCCUUGCAGCUGACCAAUUCCAAAAGUUUGAUAGGACUCAGUGGAAUCUUGAUUGGUUGUGGUGAAGUUCUUGGUGGCACAUUGUUCGGCAUUUUCGGUGCCUACACAGCAAAGAUUGGAAGGAGCACUAUCGUUAUUUUUGGCUGUGUAUUGCACUUGAUAACUUACGGUCUCAUUUUCAUAAACUUACCAAAUAACUCACCUUUUGGUGAUACCAAUGACGAAGCAAUCAUUACCAGUUCGGCUGCUAUUGCCGUGGGAUGUGGGUUUAGUUUAGGAUUAGCAGACGCAUGUUUCAACACCCAAUUCUAUACAGCAAUAGGCACCAGUUAUCAAAAUAACAGUGCGAGUGCUUUCGCUAUCUUCAAGUUUGUACAAAAUGUUGGUGCGUUUAUUGGUUUUUUAUAUUCGACACAUUUGAUAAUGUACGGGAAUUUGGGACUACUGGCUGGAUGUGCUAUUAUAGGAACGAUAUGCUUUAUAAUAGCGGAUAAAAUAGAAGUCAACGAAGAGGAUGUUGUGAAGUAUAAGACAAACAUAAGAACCGAAGCUACCCAAAGUUCUAAUGCUUGAACAUAUUCUACUUAUUCUGUAUAUUAUGGAAAUAUGUAGAUCGGAAUUUCAUACAUGAACGUAAAAAUUCAAUAUAAACUUGGAUAAUA